CGGAAGUACUUGUUGUGAAGCAAGUCAGAAGUGACCCGGUGAUUGUGUGGAGAUUUUUGCCAUCAGUCUGAUGUGAAGGUUUUAUUCUUGCCAACAUUACAGGAAACACAUUAUGCCACAAACUCUGCCUUUAGAUCAAAUACAGCUACCUGUACCUGAUAAAAGAACUGGGAAAACCCAACUCUUGCCAGCAUUGCACCCAAGCCGGAAAAAAGAUCGUCACUUUGUGUUGUACAAGCCACCACCUCAAGAUGGCACACCAGUUCUGGUGGAAGAAUUUCUAGAGCGUGCAAAUUUCAUUGCUAAUGAUCUGGAUUGGUUACUAGCACUUCCUCAUGAUAAAUUUUGGUGUCAGGUGAUUUUUGAUGAAACUAUGCAGAAAUGUUUGGACUCUUUCUUGCAUUAUACACCUCGUCAGUAUGAUGAAUUUGUAAACCCAAACCCAGCCAUAGAAGAGGUGCAAAAACAUCUCCAUCGCAGUGUUUUUAUGAUCUUUCUCAGGAUGUCUACCCACAAGGAAUCCAAAGAACACUUUAUUACACCUGAAGCUUUUGGAGAAAUAAUCUAUGAUGGUUUUCUCUUUGACAUCCCAAAGAUCUUUGACUUGUGUGUAAUAUUUGGAAAAGGAAAUGCUGCUCUCCUUAAGAAGAUGAUUGGAAACAUUUUUAAUCAACAACCAAAUUACUUUAAUGAUCUGAAUGAAACGGUGCCCACAAUUCUCCAGGUAUUUAGUAGUAUUUGUGACAAGUGUGGCUUAAGAUUGGAAAAUCAUUCACAAAGGCCUCAGAAGAUUGAUGCACAAACCAAAGUUUCACUCAUGGAUAUGCCUGUACAGGAAUUUAAGGAUAUUUUGCUGUAUCUAUGUGAUACCUGUACUACACUUUUUGCAUUCUUGGAUAUCUUUCCUGAAGCUAGUAGGACAAUGCAAAAGCAUGAUUUUAUUCAUAGGUUAGCCUCAUUUUAUGAAGUAAUUGUCCCUGAACUAGAAAGUGCAAUCAAAAAGAGACGAUUCGUUGAAACUAGUUUACAGGAAAAUUUAUGGAAGAGGCUUUCUCACUCAAGGAAAAAAAUGAUUGAAGCUUUUCAUUGUAUCAUUAACAAUAUGUGCCUUCAACCUAUUCUAGAAAAUGGAUCUGAUAAUAUUCUGCCUUUCAUAGAAGAUUUCCUUCAGAUCUUUACAGCUCUGCUACACCAGAAGCGGUUUCUGACAGACUAUGAUGAACAAUUUCCAGUGGCUGAUGAUAUCAGCCUUCUACAACAGGCAUUUCCGGUGCUUGAUGAAACUAGAACAUCGUACAUCAUCAAAGCUGUUGACAGUGCCUGGGAAGCUAGUGGUAGGAGCAAGCCUACCUUUGCCACUGGAAAUACUCAUGUUUCACACGCCUCUGAUAGCAAUGAGGUUUCAGCUGUAAAUGGUGAAACAGAUCAAGAACUUAAACAGCCUGGAUAUGAAAAUGAUGACUAUUGUGCAGGUGCAACAGCUGCCAAAAUAACAGGAGUCGAGCUGGAAUCUUUAAUUUCUCAGGUGAAGGACAUUCUACCACACCUUGGUGAAGGCUUCGUUCUUGAAUGUCUGGAAGAAUAUAAUUACGAAGCUGAAAAAGUAAUUAAUGAUAUCCUUGAAGAUAAAAUAGCACCUUCCCUUCGCAAGCUAGACAGAACUCUUCAGAGGCAGGUGAAAAAAGAACAGGAAUCGAUUCUGUCAGCACGGCAAAAUGUAUUUGACCAUGAUGAGUUUGAUGUCUUCAGCAAAACUUCUGUGGACAUGUCCAAAAUAUGGAAAGGAAAGAAAAAAGGGAAAGAGGGAACAACGUUGCUUGACGAUAAGAUGCACAUUGCACAGCAAAGGGAAAGAUAUAAUGCCUACAGUAUAGUAGUCGAAAAAGCACCAGUAGAAGACGGAGUCCAGUUUUAUGCAGGCGACUAUGAUGAUGAAUAUGAUGAUACUUAUGAUGGCAACCAAGUAGGAGCAAAUGAUGUGGAUUCAGAUGAUGAACUAGUCAGUAGAAGACCAUUUACAACCCCUCGAAUCUUAAGACAAAAAGAGGAUGAGGAGGAAGAUGAUGAUGAAUCUGAAGAGGAAGUACCAAAGGAGGAAAUUCCAAAGAGAGAUCUGUUUGUACAGGACCCAGCAUUGCUGAGGGAAAGAGCAGAGGCAAGACGUGCUACCUUUAAUGCCAGAAGAGGGUUCAAACAUGACAAUAGCACUGUUGUGGGAAAUGCAAGGGGCCAAGGGCAAUCAAAAGAAACACUAAUGGAGAGAAGAAAGAAAGAGGCUAAUAAAUCCCUUCGAUCUAAUCAUAAUCGGCGAUCACUUGCAGAUAGGAAGAGGAACAAAGGAAUGAUUCCAUCUUAAAUCUUUUUCACAUCUUUCCCUCCAUCACAAACAUGCUUGCCUCCAGUGGCCACUUCCAGCUAGUAAAAUUUCCUUUCUCAAGCAAGAAUAGCCAAACGUGAUGCACAGUAAGGCAUGUCCAUUUUUCUCCUCAGAAAAAAAAUGUUCAAUCUGAAAUAUUUCACCUCAUAAUUUCUCAUACCAGUUGACCAAUUUGUCUUCUGUUGGUGUGCAGUUUGAUUGAAAAGUCCAAACAACUGAAAUAAACAUUGAUACAGUUAGAUUAUCAGC